AUGUUGCCACUUUCUGCGCUCAUAAUCCUCGGAGCUGUGGGGAUUUUCAGCACCUUUACGUUCCUGUUCGCAAUAUAUCACACAACCAAAACGAAAAUUGCAGCACGAAGGCUCAUUGCGGCUGAAAUGGACAAUGGCAUGUCUCUACCACUGACAGAAAUAGCAGUGCCUCCUGACACGACCACCGGAGCUCAAGCGCCAAUACAAGAAGCAACACCGUCACCACCAUCAGUCGCGCGUCCCGAUACGCCAGAAGCAGAAUAUCCACCUCCUCUGCCACAAGAUCUGGACUUGGAGUUGGGUCCAGCAGAGACAUUACCGCCAUUACAGUUUCCGAUGAUACUACCUCCCAAAACGCCCGAUGGGGAAAGCUCGACACCUUCAACUCAAAGAUACGAGACUCAGGCAGACGACUCCAUCCGAGCGGAAACGCCCCCACCUCUUCAUCUCACAAACCGGGACUAUGUCUCUAGGAAUAAAAGAGACAGGGACAGCACGCACGAAAUAUAUGAAAUAUACAGCAAACUGCCGCCGACGCCUAAGUCGGCUCCGCCCAGGAUCACAACGUUUGCCAUGGCGGAAAGUAAGUGGGCUUACUUUGGGCAGAAGCGCGCGGAGGAGAUGAAUAUGAUCUGA